AACCACCAAAAGUCAAAAUGAGAACAUCUUAGGCGGACGGAGGGAGUAUAUCCAAUUCACGUUGGGGAGGAUAUAUAUAUACACACACGCGAGGAGCAGCAGCCCCCAUUUCACCUCAAUAGAUAGAUUAGGUAGGUAGGUAGAGAUAGAUAGAGGGAGAUGGUGGAUCCCAUUCCUGCGGGGGUUCGGGAGGCAUGGGAGGAAUGGAAGAUAAAAGGGUCCAUUCUCGCGAGUCUGUACAUACAAACAGUGCUCGUUUUUCUCGCUCCCUUCCGGAAGAGAACGGGCCACAGGCUGGUCAUCGCCCUCGUCUGGUCUUUCUACCUCCUCGCAGAUGGGGUCGCCCUCUUCGCCCUGGGCCAGAUUUUCAACGUCGAGGAAGAUGCCGGCGCCGGCUCCGGAGGCAACGGCAAGAAGAAGGAGAAUGAGGCCGCGGCCGGGGACUUGGAGGUACUGUGGAGCACUUUCCUUCUGGUGCAUCUCGGUGGCCCUGACGCCAUCACUGCUUUCUCCAUUGCUGAUACGCAGCUCUGGCUUCGCCAUUUCCUUCAAUUGCUCGUCCAGGCUGCGGCUACUUUCUAUCUCAUCUUACUUACACUCCCCUCCAACCAGCUGCUUGGGCCGACGUUGUUGUUGUUUAUUGUGGGGAUAGUGAAGUACUCCGAGAGAUGCGUGUCCCUAUGCUUGGCAUGCCGGCGCGAGAUUGGUAAAUGGGUGUUGUCCUCCACUGAGUUUGAAAAACUAGUUUUGUUUGAUAUGGUUUCGGCAACAGGAAUGGAGUUUGCCCUGUUCUGUGGUAAAUUGCCUAUUGAGAUUGACGAGGAGGUGAUUGUGUCCGUAGCUCUCAAGUUCAGGCGAGCAUCCGAUAAUAAUAACAACCUGGAGAACUAUGAAAAAGCAACUGAUGCGUUGAGGAUAACAGAGGUUGUGAUGAAUUUGAUAUACGAGAACGUGUUCUCAAAGGCACUGGUCUUGCAUUGUGGUGGCUGGGGUUACGCUUUCCGCUUUCUCACCUUCUCCUCCACCGUGGCAGCUCUCUCUAUUUUCUGCUUCAAAGAACAUCAUCAUUAUUAUUACAACAAUGGCCGCGGGAAUGAUGUUGGAGUCACUUAUGUUUUGCUCGGCGGUGCCAUUGUACUCGAGUUGUACUCUAUUCUUAUGAUCAUCUUUUCAGACUGGACGUUCGCUCAUAUCCGCCCCAACAACAACAACAACAACAAGUUUAUUAGAUGUGUUCAGAGAUGUUGUGCUUUUGUGUUCCUCCCCGCUCUCCGCAAACUGGUCCGUCUCAAAAUGACCAAGUGGGAUGAUAAUGACCGCGGCCGUAGAUGUGGAGCCUAUGUUUUCCGAAGGGCCGCGACAAUCAAACCCUUUGCGGUUGCCAAAGACAAAUUCUUUAAGGCCGAGUAUGACGAGUGGAAGUACGUCUCCCAUGAGCCGCUAACCGAUCCCCUCUGGCGAUUCGUCUUCGAUCAUCUACGCGCGAAAAUUAAGCAGCCGGACAAACCACCCAAUUUCAGACUCCUUUCGGGAGGAUUUUUGGCUCUAAGGCCUCAGAAAACAGCUCGUAGUAAUAACAAUAAUAAUAACCAUGAUGUGAUGGGCGUGAUUGGUGAUCCGUUUAUAGACCUCCUGGUUGAAGAUUUCAACUACGGAAGGAACCUUUUGAUUUGGAGCAUAGCGACCGACCUGUUAUACAACAACGCAUACGACGAUAAUGAUAUCAGCAUCAGUAGCAGCAGCAGCAGCAACAACAACAACAACAGCAAUGGUAGUGGGAAUAAUAGUAAUGCAAAGUAUUGCAGUAAGAUAUUGUCAGAUUACAUGUUGUAUCUCUUGGUAGUGAGACAACUGUGGCCUCUGGGGGACUUCAAGCGCCAGUUCAUGGAAUUAUGUGGAGAUUAUCAUAAAAGAAAAGGUGGGGUGAAAGAUGACAUACUACGACCAGACGUCAUAGACCUUGAUGGUGCAUCCACAAAGCUGUUCGACUGUGGGGAUAAGCUUGCCAGGAUACUGAAGAAAUUGGCUGGAGAGAGAAUGGGAGACGGCGGCGGGGAGGAAGCGAUGUGGGAGGUAGUGGGCAGCGUGUGGGUGGAGAAACUGUGGCUGGGAGCAAGGAAAUGCAGCGCAAGUACUCACAUUGAGCUCCUCUCUAGAGGUGGUGAGCUCCUCACUCUCGUUUGGCUCUUAUCUACCAAGCUCGAUCGCGAUUGCAGCUGGAGUACGUCUAAUUGAUGUGUAAUUUGGUCUGCGUGUGGAUGCCCCACUCCGAACCAUUAAUUAAAUAAUUGUCGCAUGAACUAACUUCUAAUGUAUGAAUUCUACUACUCGGCAAUAUGAAUUUAGUGGCACCAAUGUCACUCCCUUUCUCUUACUUAUCUCAUUAGUUAGUUUCCUCAACCAAGUUAUUUUACUAUUCUUUUAUUACCCCCAUAGUUUAUUACUCCCUCCGUUCCUCUAAGAUGUUCUCAUUUUGACUUUUGGUGGUUUUUAAGAAGAGUUGAAAAAAGGUGAAAGUUUACCAUAAUACCCUUAAUGAAAAUGGGUGGAGUGU